AUAAAAUUCAGCUUUUGUGGCGCUGUCUUAUAAAUACCAUAAUACUUGACUGUUAUCAUAUCUUUAUUAUUAAAAUGUACUUUUCCUAUAUUAUCAUUACUUCUUUCUUGUGUUCAAUUAUUCUAGCACAAGAACAUGAAAGUACUCAAAAACCUAAUAAAACUGAUUCACUCGCAAAUUUCGUUGAUGUAUUAAUUUCUUUUAUGGUUCCAUUACUUAUUUAUUUGACCAUAGAUUACGAAUAUGAUAAGAAUGAGGAGGACUUGGAUAGCAGGAUUGGAAAUUUAGUUUAUUCAUUUAUAUUUUUCGUACAAAUAGGAUUACAAGAAGAAAUAGCUUUUAUGAUCAUAUCAGUUGAAAUUCCUUUUUAUAUCAAAAUAUUACAACAUAUUAUAAGUUUUAUAACUGGAAUUGCAAUUAUUGGACAACUCAUUUAUCUAUUAAGUAAAAAAUAUAAAUUUUUUAAUGCUUCACUUAAAUCUUUUCAAAAAAUUUUCAACUUUCUCUAUUACGUGGCUAGUUUCUUAUCUAUAAUAGUACUUUGCUUAUUAACGUACAAAUUUAAGGAAAAUAUCACAACGAGCUUUAUUAUAUCAUUAAUUGUUACUAGUGCUGUUAUAUAUAUUUCGAUAAUAAUAAUUAACAAUAUUAUGUUUGAGGAUUACUAUAUGUUAAAUUUUGAAAAAAUUUUGGAGACUGCUGGUUACCUUUUGCUCGUUAGUACAUUUUAUUUAGCUUCUUUAAUUAAUUGUUUCAUUUUACAAACUUCGGCCAUUUUUAAUAAGAUUUUCUUAAAUUUAAGUGCUAUAUUAGUUACUUCUUGGAUUAUAUAUGCUUAUAAAGAAGAAAGAAGUAGGGCAGAAGAAAGAAAAAAGCCCGUGAUAUAAUCUUUUCAAUUAUAUUUUUUUUAUUAUUGGACUUUGCAUAGCAAUAUAAUAAAUAUUUUUUUUGACAAUAUAUAAAAUGAAGUAGUUGGAGUAAAAUAACCUUAUUUUUGGUGUUACCGGCGGUCACACUAUUCUUACAAGGAAGAUUGAGU